UUAGAGGGAGAUAAAUAUUAUUGGACAGAGGGGGCGUGUCUCCGUGCGUCCGCGCGAGACCACAGGCUCAUAGCUGCAGCUCCACGCGCACGCCUUCGCUUCACUUCCAACUUCAAAUGCGCGCUUUACACCUUCAGGGACAUUUAUAUUUUAUUUUAGUUUUUAGUCGUUUUUGGAAAGUCUUUUUUUUUGGAAAGUGGACUGUUUCAGUUUUAGCAUCUUCAGCCCUUCUAACUGCAGGUGCGUGAAGGUCUCAGUUGAGUAGGAUCUCUGGGCAUCAUGAAGUUUCACACUGCCAGCAUGGAGGCUACUGAACACUGAGCCUCAUCUGCUUCUCAUCUCAGUUCAGCAGUGCAUGUGAGCACGGAGUCCCUCUGAGUGUGUGUGUGUGUGUGUGUGUGUGUGUGUGUGUGUGUGUGUGUGUGUGUGUGUUGACUGUCAUGGCAUUUACAUUAUCGGAGAUCAUGGCUGCACGACGGCAGUCUCAAAGAGGAGUGAGAGGAGCAGUGGAGGUGGACGAGUACAGUGCAAACCCCACUCAGGCCUUCACCUUUUACAACAUUAACCAAGGACGCUUCCAGCCACCCCACGUCCAUAUGGUUGAUCCGUUACCCCAUGACACCCCUAAGCCGCCAGGCUAUACUCGCUUUGUGUGCAUCUCGGACACACACUCGCGCACGGACGCUAUUCAGAUGCCGUACGGCGAUGUGUUGCUGCACGCAGGAGACUUCACUGAGCUCGGCUUACCCAGCGAGGUCAAGAAAUUCAACGACUGGCUCGGCACCCUGCCUUACGAGAUAAAGAUUGUGAUAGCGGGAAACCACGAGCUGACGUUCGAUCAGGAGUUCAUGGCCGAUCUGAUCAAGCAGGACUUCUACUACUUUCCGUCUGCCUCCAAGCUGAAACCUGAGAAUUAUGAGAACGUGCAGUCGCUGCUCACCAACUGUAUCUACCUGCAGGACUCGGAUGUUACUGUCAGAGGUUUCCGCAUCUACGGCUCACCGUGGCAGCCGUGGUACUACGGCUGGGGUUUUAAUCUCCCGCGAGGGCAGGCGCUGCUGGACAAGUGGAACCAGAUCCCUGACUCCACUGACAUUUUGCUCACACACUGCCCUCCUCUGGGUUUUCUAGACUGGGUGCCGAGGAAGAUGCAACGUGUCGGUUGCAUGGAACUGCUGAAUACGGUGCAGAGACGAGUCCAACCCAAAUUACACGUCUUUGGACACAUACAUGAAGGUUAUGGCAUGAUGACUGACGGAACCACUACAUUUAUUAACGCCUCGGCCUGCACAGUGAACUUCCAGCCCAUGAACCUGCCCAUCGUCUUUGACCUGCCGAAUCCCAGGAGCUCGUGAUUGAACUCGGCCCCACCCCAUGCCUCCCAAAAUCAGGUUUAAUUUCCAAGCCUAUCUGGGUGCUGUUUUUGUGUACAUAUUACAGAGAGAGAGAGACUACUGUGGAAGAUUUGAAUCUGUCGUUGUGCCAUGUUCUUUUCUCAAAUCCUGCCUCAUUUCCUGAGCGACUCUCACGCUUUCAUUGCACAUAAAAUCUCGUGACAAUCCCUCUUGUUUAUUAACGGCGGACAUGCAUCAUACGGCGCAACCAUCUUACGGACUGCGUGAGACGCGUAAGGACGUCUGACUUUUAAUUACUUCACAUCGGAGACGGCUUAAGAUGCCCGUGGUGUGCUGACUGAAUCUGAUCUUCUCUGAUUGAUCUGAUCUGAUCUGAUCUGAUAUGAACUGAUGGACAUGUCUAUUUCCAGUCUCCCACUCUUGUUCCCACUCUUCUUCUUCAGUGCUGGACAGAGGAGACCUCCAAAUCAUGUACAGUUGCCGUUGUAUAUAAAAAAAUCUCCAUUUUUAUGCUUCUGUUAUUUGUUUUAUUGUAAAUCUGUGUGACGUGAGCGUGUCAUUGAAAUUGUUUCAAAGCACACAAUUUAUUAGAUCUCAUUAAGAUGCAUUUAUUCUUUUUUCCUCAUCCGAAAAUGCUCAAAGUGCACUUUUUGCUUAGCGAGUAUCUGUUGCUCUACAUGUUUACGCCUGUGGUUUUAUUUAUUUUUUAAACUCGUAGCGAUUGUUUAUGUCUGUGGCAUUGAACAUUCCGAUUACGCUCAUUGUUAUAUUUCCAAUUAAAAUAAAGUGGUCUUUUGUCUUAUUAUUAUCUUUUUUUUUUUUUUAAAUAUGUGGACGAAUAAGUGUAUGAAUCAGAUGAGCAUGUGUGAGAGAGCAUCAGGUCAAAAAAAAAAAAAAAAGCACUUCUAAUGGCCAGAAAAGUAAAGACUGGAUAACGAAAAUGAAGACAGAGAACAGCAUUUGGAUGAUUAUGUAAAAGCUUGGAGUCUGAAUUACCGUGCCAUAUUUAUUUAUUUAUUUAAAUUUUUUCUGUUGAAUUCUUGAAUCUGAUUGGUCGUUUCUAUAGUAACGGCUUACGCAGGGACUUUACUGUACUGUAUGAUGGAUGAAUAAGUAAAUGGAUGUAUAAUUCUUAAUGUGGUCAAGUUUUCUUUUUUUUAAGAGGCUAAAAAAAGGAGUCUCCAGUGUUAAAUCUGCUUUAUUUUGUCUUAUUAACAUCAUCAGAGGAAAAAAAAAGAAAUUCUGGUGAGAGAACGACUAUUUAAUAGCUGCUAUAACGUAAUCGCUUUUUUGCAACGUUAAAUGUAUCUAAUAAAGUGUUCCACAGUAAAACGUUGUAUUUCCGUUAGUAAAAGAUCGUGAAUGAGGACAAAGUGCUGUGGUGUCGUGCCACAUCACACAAACCCCAUCACUGAUCAUGCUGUAUUUAAUUCCUUGUCUAUUUAUUUGACAGCACAUCAGAUUAUUUUAUAAUCUCCUCCAUCUUUAUCAUUUGUCCUGUUCAUGAUACUCUUCUGAUGUUUAUUGUUGUUGUUUGUUUUGUUUUAGACACAAAGAAAACGUUGGAAAUUCAUUUGACGCAGAAGUAAAGAACCCAAUCCGUGCCAGACUCUGGCGUCUGCUUUUAGCCGUUUCUCUGAUUCCAACCCGAUACGAGAUUGAAACAUUUCUCUGCAUUUCCGUCGCAAUCAAAAAGAUUUGAAUUUCAUAUCAAUUAUUAGAGAAAACCUAAUUUAUCUAGGCACAAACCAUAUUCUCUCCUUCAUUCGGUCACCUCACUCUUCCACACUUCUGCACAUCCUAAUGAAAUCCUUCGUUCAAAUAAUUACAUCAGUAAUCCUGCGGGAUGGAGUGUAAUUUAUUCGUUGCUGGCUUUUACUAUGCUAUUAAAGACUUCGCUCUGCUCUCGUCGUCUCUCGUCCUCUCUUCUCUCCUGUCCUUUCUACUCCUGUCCUUGCUUAUUGUUUUCCUUUUCCCUUUUUUUUAAAAGCAACCCAUUUUAUACACUUUCCAUCUCUGUAAAAGGCAACCUGUUUCUUUCUUUAUAGCCCUUUUUUUCUGAGAUGUCGUGUGCUGUCAGCCUCUACCUCACACACACAAACACACACACACACACACACACACACACACAAACA